AUGUCGCUAUCCUCGGGAUCAUGGCAUCAAGAUUACACCAGUUCGGAGUCGGAAACUAGCUCCAUGGAUGCCGACUACUUUGAGCAGCAAAAUAGAACCAUGUUUCCGCCCCUUUUGCCCAGUGCGCAAGGCCGGACGUUCGAGCGAGAAAGAAAACAGAUGACCAACUCAAUCACUAACAUGGUCUCGCGUCUUGAACACUCUCGGAGCUCCGUCCCCAGCCUGGUUGCAUCCGAUGCCUCUUCGGCAGCAUCAGUGGCCUCGAUGGAGGACGAUGGUGUUCAGGAACUUUGGAUUCAGAUGAAGGAGCGUCGCCAACGGCUGAACUCGCUCAAAGGGGAAAUGGCUAUCAAGCGCAAAGCUCUUCAGGAGCUGCGUCGUAAGAAGGAUGAAGCCGACAACACCUUCAUGCAUAUGCUCCGCCCUAUCCUUGUCAGGGGCCGGCGAGAUUUACAGGGCACCCCUAACGAUUUGCUGGACAAACGCUUUGCCGAGAUGCAGUCACUUCGCACAGAGUAUCAUUGGCUCGAGUCUGGGUACGAGGGACACGAAUUCGCUCUAGACGAGGAAGAGGUCGAACUCAUCAAAGUUGAGACGCGAUUCUUUAGCCUUCUGGCCGCAGGAAGCGGGAGGAAUCUCCGGUCAGUCCCUCACACGGACGACUCUGAGGACGGCGAAGCGGAGGAGUCGACAGACAUGCCAUAUGAACUGACCGGUAUAUCUCGCAAUGGGCCAACUGACGAUGCCCAUCCACUAUGGGAAGAUCUCGUGUCUGCGGUUGGAGAUUUGAGCAACGCCAGAGAAGAAUACGAGGACCUCCUUCUCUACCACAAUCAAUAUACCUACAGCAUGGACGUGAAAAAAUCCGCAGGAUUAGCGCCUAGCUUGGAAGAGAUCGAGUUCAUGGACGAGUUUCCGGAAGAAGAACGCGAGAAGCGGGAAUAUGUCGACCGCCUCACGGAGGAGGUUAGCAGACUCAAGCAAAUUUGCAACCAGAAGGGAGCAAUGAAGAAGCAUCCGUCCUUCAAAAUCGCGUAUGCUCUAGACCCGAAUAUCGGAGAGGAUCUCUCGCUUAGCAGUCCCUCUCCAGAGUCGGGGACCCUCGCUCACCGGCAGUUCCCGGAGCUCCUGUCCCAACCAGACCAUGUUCUCCGACCAGAACCCUUAACAGCUCUGGAUGAGCUGAAACGAGCUGCAAAACUUCCUGCCGACAAUCCGGUAAGAAAGUCGCAGCUGUACGCGGCCCAGAAGGAAUAUGGCAUCUCAAGGUUGAUCGGCGAGUUUAAAGGGGAAGACAAGUCUGAUUUCAUCACCAGGUGGCUUCUGCAUCAACUGCGGACGUCACCGCUUGAAGUUGAGCUUCUCUACUCGACCUUCAUCCAGACGAUCCGCCUGAAGAUCGGAAACUUUCAGCGUUGGCAGCAAGACGUGCUCUUCCACUGGUGGAGAGACGGCGCUGUGAAAUCGCCAGAUGAAUUCUUCGGUCCACUUACGGGGAGCGGUAGAGUAUGGCCCGGGCAUGAGACGAUUGCGGAGCAUACCUCGCUGCCUCCAGAGUGCGGCACGCAGUUUUCUACGCCAUCGAGAGCAGUAACGGAAGACUGUAUGAGCAAUAAUCGACAAGCAUACGAGGAUGCAAGCCUGUCUACAGCAAUUUGUUGA